UUAUAAUAAAAAUUAUAUCAUAAGAAAAUUUUAUUCAUCCAUUGGAAAAACGUCGAUAAUUGUUUGCAAUAAAGGUCUAACCUUAAAACGAAACGUCAAUCGCUUUCUAAUAGUAGGAAAAAUUAUGGAAUUUUCGUGAUGAGACUGAUUUCUUGGGUUACCCAUAGUUAUAAAAACUAAAAGGUCUGUCUAGCUAUUGAAGUUGCAAGAUAUAUUCCCUUUCAGGUUCAAGAGUCAACUACCUUAAAAUUUCGCUAUAAUAUGGUAAUUAUGGACAAUUUUUAUCAACAAGAUAGACUGUCUGAAUUGUGGAACAAAAUUGAUCAAUUUCACCUCACUUUUUUGGAUAUCGAAGAAAGUCCUGAGAAAAUUGAGAUUCGAAAUAAAUUGGAAGAUUUGAUCAGAGAAUAUUUAUGCAUAGCAUCUCACAAGCAGAAAUUCUCUUUGUCAGUUACAUAUGAAGUUUUAUUGAGAUCGGCACAAGCAUUGUCUGAUUUCAGUGGAUAUAAAGCAGCUACUGGCUUUAAUGCUAUUCAACUUUAUGCUGGAAAUUUACUUUCACAACCAUGGAGGAAAGAAUAUAAACAAAUAAGAAAAUAUUCAGGAUUUUACAAGCAUCAUGUGGAAGCAAACUUAGUGAAUGGAGAAUUACUUUUAGAAGCGAUGGGAUAUAAACCAGUUGCUUUAUCAACACUAAUUCUUGAUGGACCAAUUGGUCCUGAUAGAGUGAUUACAGUUUCCAAAGAUUGUCUAAUUGCUUAUGUUGAAUGUCAGAUAAUGAAAGCUAUUUGGGAGGAAAUGACUGGAUCGAACAUAAACAUUUCAUGGAUGGAAAUCCUUGAAUUCCGUCAAACACAUCUCUGCAGUCCUGAGCAAUCAAUAAAAGCUCUGAAAUAUGCCUAUCAACAGAAACAAUUCCAAGAUCAUAUUCGCAAUGGGCCGCAAGGAAAUAUGAAUUUAUAUAAUGUACCUUUGAAUUACUCCAAUAACUCCUUAUCACCUUUAACUAAUCAUGAACCACCACCUAUGGUACCACCUCACUAUUUAUAUGGUGUCAAUGUCAAUGGCUGCUGUCAAAAUCCAUGUAUGUCAUAUGCUCAAGUGACAUGUCCACAACACACAGCCAUAUCUUAUCCUUCCCAAAUGAUCAAACCACAAUUUAGCUCAAGCGGUUACUACUAUGCAAACGGACCUAUGAAUCAACAUGCGAUUUAUAAUCACAAUACAGUACCUAUUGCACAGUUGAUAGAAGUAGAACCUCAGAAUAACUAUGAUGUGGUUGAUAGACCGGGUCACUCUAGAAGUACACAGAGAUUGUAUAAUAUGGGAGAUAUGUAUGCUAAUUAUAAUGGAGUGGAUUUGAUGGGUAGAGAUAAUAGGGAUUCCGAUAAGACUGACUCCCAGUUCGAAGACUGGGAUUAUGUUUAUAAAAAAUUGGAAACUCAAGGUUACAAUAAAGACUUGGGCGAGAGAGGGGAUGUUUUGAGUUUGGGACUAGACGGAAGGACAAAAAUGGAUUCUAAGAGCUCAGAUAAGAAAAAAAAGGAGAAAGAACCAAAAAAAUCAAAAUUAUCCAGCUUUGAGAUAUCGAUGAACAAUUUGACGCUUUCUAACAAAUCCAAACAAAACACCUUGGAUAAAACAAGCAAACAAAGAAAAACCUCAGAUUCCAAAUCGCAAGUAGAUGUUUCACCAGCUAGUUCAUAUGAUAAUCUAUCUCCAAACGAUAAGAAACAGUCAGCCAAAAUAUCGAAAUUAUCGGUUUCUAAAUCGAAAUUAGAUAAUGCAGAUAAGUCUGUAUCCACCAAGCAAACCCCGAAACCAUUGAAAAAAGAAGAAAAGCCAAAAACUGAAAGCUCUGACUGGCAUUGUAAGACUUGCACGUUUUUGAAUAAGAGCACAAGAAAUAUAUGUAAAAUGUGCAGUAAGUCUCGGUGUAAUGUAGAAGAAGAGAUUGAGGUGGGAGGUCCAGAAUGUGAAAAUUGCACUCUGGUUAAUACCAGAGAGGCAAAAGUAUGCCAGGCGUGUGGGGAAAGUUUGGAAAAUUCACCUACUAGAGUCUGAAAUACUAUUUAUAAUCUUUAAAAAAGUGACAUAACCCUGAAUUUAUAGCUUUAACUUUGCAGAAUUUAAAGAAAUUCAUAUAAGAGACCAGUGCAAAGGUAAUUAUGACAUUAAAAGUAUAUGUAGAGUCCCAAAUAUGUGAGAAGGGCUUGUAAAGGAGGCUGUGAUAUGGAGCUAAACUUUGGUAAUCGAUUAUUCUUCAUAGCAAAUAAUUGUUUCUUCUACCCAAAUCGAUGAUAUUGAUUAUUAUGACUAGUGCAAUUGUUCUGUAUUCUUGAAGUCUGAGAGGACAUUAACUAUUAUGUUAUUAAAAUGUUAUAUCAUAACAUGGUUUGUUGGAAACUUUUUACUUUAAAGUUGAGAACAUUACUGCAAAGAUCUGGCUUGAUUGAACUUCUUUGUCUUUGGAUAGAUGACUUCAAUCCAACUGAUAACAUAUGAUGAAUUGUCUAAGUCAGAAUCUCAGUUCUUCCUCUAUGAUAAAUGUUGAAAGUAUGUUAACUUUAAUAUUCAGUUGAGAGAGUCUUCAUUUAUUGUUUAGCUGUUUUCUAUGAAAUUGAAAUGAAUUUUUGGCUCAUUAUAUGCAAGGAGAGAUUUUGAUGUGAUGUAAAAGAAAGAAAAUGGUUUUUCAAAUUAUGCUUGACUUUGCUUUCAAAGGUGGAAUAGCUUUUUCGAAUUAACCCAAAAAUCGCAGUUGAAGAAAAUUAAUCUAAGGUUAAUUGUUUAGAGUAUUUGAAAAUGUUUUGUAUAAAACAAUAAUUCAUGAUAUGAAAUUAUGUGUCUUCAAAUUAUUGAUGGAACAAAAUCAUUAGCAUAAAACUGUUAGUUGAACUAGUCUGUGUGAUUUUUCUUGAUAUUCCAGAUAUUAAGUUUAAUUAAACAAAAUUUGCAUCCA